AUGCCAUUGAAAACAUACUUAUUAAAUAAACUUUUCAAUCGAAAGUGUCGUCUCAAUGGUAUUUGGCCAUCUGCUCGUUUGCCACAUAAGCACAAUCUACGUCAAGCCUUUAAUGAUCGUUUAAUCUACAGUCCCGAAGAUCUUCCACCGAAAGUUGACCUACGGAAUGAUAUGACACAUGUCGAAAAUCAAUCAAGUAUCGGUAGUUGUUCGGCUAAUGCUCUCGCCGGAGCAUAUGAGUAUUUAGCAAAAAAACAUCAUGGUGAAAGCAUUGAUGUAAGUCGACUAUUUAUCUACUACAAUGGUCGAGAAAAAGAGCAGCCAUCGGAAGCAGUUACAGAUUCAGGUUGUUCUAUGACAAGCGCUAUCGAAGCACUGGAGCAAUUCGGAACUUGUCUCGAAUCGAUAUGGCCAUACGACGUUUCCAGAGUAAACACACGACCGAAUAACGAAGCAUAUCAAGCAGCUAAACCACACACGAUUUCUGAGGCACUCCAAGUCAGCAUUGACUUACAUGAAAUGAAAUCGUGUCUUGCACAAGGUUUUCCGUUUGUAUUCGGUCUCCGUUUGUUCACGUCAUUUGAUAAAGCAGCUAAGACAGGUGCGGUACCGAUGCCGAGUGCAAGCGAUCGUAGUCGUCAAUCUGAUGGCAGUCAUGCGUUAGUUGCCGUCGGUUAUAGCGAUCAGUCGCAGUCGUUCAUUGUUCGAAAUUCUUGGGGGACAGACUGGGGCGAUCGUGGAUACUGUUAUAUACCGUACGAUUAUAUGACAGAUGCAGAUCUUUGUUUUGAUGCGUGGACAAUUCGUAAAGUUCCUAACGACGAUUUUGGUCAAUCGCAUUGGGAUUACAAUGACGAGGUUGAUUAUCAAAAUAAUAAUAACAACUACGGCGACGGUGAUGACGACGAUGAUUACAGUAAUGGAGAUAACCGUACAAUUGAACAGUUCGAUGAAGAUGAUUUUGGAAUCAACUUUUUCGAUAACGCUGCACGUGGUUUUGAUGGCGAUUCGCGGAAUAGAGAUGACCCUUUUAAUUACAAUGACGGCGGAGGAAACAAUCAGCAGUGGGGCGGAGACGAUCGUUCUAAUUACAAUGAUGGCGGAAGAUAUAAUCAACAAUGGAAUGGAAGUGAUCAGUUUACUUAUAAUGAUCGAGAAGAUUAUGGUCAGCAAUGGAAUAGAGAUGAUCAAUCUGAACAUCAUCAUAAACACGGUCACCAUCAUCACCAUCACAGACACUAA